AUCUAUUCAAUACUCUUGAAGAAUAUUUUUUAAAGAAGGGUCAAGGACCUUGUACUCAAAUGAUUGAGACUAUAUUACAACAGCUUAAUGUUCAACGCCAAGCAUAUCAUGGAAAAAGUUUUAUUGGAAAUCAUGUGCAUAAAAUGCUUAAAAAACCUUCAAUACUUCGGUUAUGCAACUCUAUACCUAAGUUUGUUUAUGAUGAAGGUUAUUCAGGGACCAAUAUACAUCUAAAAUCAAUAGAAAUUAGCAAGCAAUACAAACAGCUCUUUGAUAAAUUUGCACAGUGUUAUAACAUAUUUUCAUCCAAAAAUACUAUUUCAACAGAAAAAUUAAGUAUUUUAAAAAAGAAGAUAAACGAUUUGAUGCAAUUUUAUCGGGAAAAUUGGCCCGAGGCCUCAGUGUCGCCAAAGUUACAUAUGCUGGAACGUCAUACUGUUCCGUUUUUAAAAAAAUGGAAAGCGGGAUUUGGGUUUUAUGGCGAGCAAGGCGGCGAGUCGAUACAUGCAGAGUUCAAUAAACUGAAAAAUAUAUAUCAAUCAAUUCCUUGUCCAACAAUGCAAUUGAAAAGUAUUCUGAAAUCCCAUUACCAAAAGACAAACCCAGAGAACAUGCGACUUAAGCCAUGUGUAAAAAAAAGAAAAUUUGUUAAGAAAAUUGCUUGAAUAUCGUCGAGUCUCCGAAGAAGGGAAAUUAAAAACGGCUAUUUUCAUAGCCACAAA